AUGUCCACAGCACCUGUCAUUAAACUCGAUGUGACUGAUGAUAAAUUUCUCGGACAUUCUGUUCUUCGUACCUAUGUGACUAAUAUAUCCUACUUGCAGUUCCUUAACAAAAACAAAGAAAAAAAAAAUAUUUCCUCCAUUUCCAUCAAAAAUACGCUUGAUGGUGAUAGCUUACGAUUGAUAGAGAAAAAAUCAGAUUAUCCACAAACACCUGGACACCAAAUAUUUCCACCAGAACAUAACCGAUCUGAAUAUUAUGAAGAUGGUGUUCAAACUCCUGAAGAUUUUAGUGUCGAUGAUAUAAAUGUACACUAG